AUGUCCGAAUUAACAAACUACAAGAGACUUGAGAAAGUCGGAGAAGGUACUUAUGGUGUUGUUUACAAAGCGGUUGAUUUGCGUCACCAGAAUCGAGUGGUAGCAAUGAAAAAGAUCAGAUUAGAAUCUGAAGACGAAGGUGUUCCCAGUACUGCGAUACGUGAGAUUUCAUUAUUGAAGGAACUGAAGGAUGACAACAUUGUCAGAUUAUAUGACAUCGUGCACUCGGACGCGCACAAGUUAUAUCUAGUGUUCGAAUUUUUGGAUCUUGAUUUGAAAAGAUACAUGGAAUCGAUCCCCAAGGACCAGCCAUUGGGAGGCAACAUUAUAAAGAAGUUUAUGAUGCAAUUGUGCAAGGGAAUUGCUUAUUGCCAUGCUCAUAGGAUCAUACAUCGUGAUUUGAAGCCGCAGAAUCUAUUGAUCAACAGAGAUGGGAACUUGAAGUUGGGAGAUUUCGGCCUUGCACGUGCAUUCGGUGUCCCCUUGAGAGCGUACACCCAUGAGAUCGUCACUUUAUGGUAUAGGGCACCAGAAGUGUUAUUAGGUGGGAAACAGUACAGUACAGGGGUCGAUGUAUGGUCCAUUGGCUGUAUAUUUGCCGAGAUGUGCAACAGGAAACCGUUAUUCAGCGGAGACAGUGAAAUUGAUCAGAUCUUCAAGAUAUUCCGAGUGUUAGGCACACCAAACGAGAGAACAUGGCCGGAUAUUAUUUAUCUACCGGAUUUCAAGACUACAUUCCCUAAAUGGAACCGUCGUAAUUUAUCCGAGGUAAUUCCAUCGCUAGAUGCAAACGGUAUCGAUCUCUUGGACAAAUUGAUCACCUACGAUCCAAUCCACCGCAUUAGCGCCAAAAGAGCAGUACAACACCCGUACUUCAAGGAGGAGUGA